GGGGUGGGGCGGACGCGGAGCGCUCAUUCGGCUGCCCUGGCCCAGGGGCUGAGAGGAGCAGGGCAGACUCGGAGCGGGCUGGGAGAGACUGGGAGCUGACCGAGUCCGACGCUUUGUGCUUCGGACUUUCUGCGAGAUAUGAAAUCUACACAGCCAAGCACCACAAUGUUUCUCCUGUAUGACAUGUGAUGAGGAGGAGAGUUUGGCUUCGGAGUGCUCGGAACCUGAGGCAUUGCUGAGGACUUGGAGUCCAGCCCUGACCACCAGCAAGCCCACAACACCAUGAACAAAUUGAACUUUCAUAACAACAGAGUCAUGCAGGACCGCCGGAGUGUGUGUAUUUUCCUUCCCAAUGAUGAAUCUCUGAACAUCAUCAUAAAUGUUAAAAUUCUGUGUCAUCAGUUGCUGGUCCAGGUGUGUGACCUGCUCAGGCUAAAGGACUGUCACCUCUUUGGACUCAGUGUCAUACAAAAUAAUGAACAUGUAUAUAUGGAGUUAUCACAAAAGCUUUAUAAAUAUUGUCCAAAAGAAUGGAAGAAAGAGGCCAGCAAGGUACGCCAAUACGAAGUCACUUGGGGUAUUGACCAGUUUGGACCUCCUAUGAUCAUCCACUUCCGUGUACAGUACUAUGUGGAAAAUGGCAGAUUGAUCAGUGACAGAGCAGCAAUAUACUAUUAUUACUGGCACCUGAGAAAACAAGUUCUUCAUUCUCAGUGUGUGCUCCGAGAGGAGGCCUACUUCCUGCUGGCAGCCUUUGCCCUACAGGCUGAUCUUGGGAACUUCAAAAGGAAUAAACACUAUGGAAAAUACUUUGAGCCAGAGGCUUACUUCCCAUCUUGGGUUGUUUCCAAGAGGGGGAAGGACUACAUCCUGAAGCACAUUCCAAACAUGCACAAAGAUCAGUUUGCACUGACUGCUUCCGAAGCCCAUCUUAAAUAUAUCAAAGAGGCGGUCCGACUGGAUGAUGUCGCUGUUCAUUACUACAGAUUGUUUAAGGAUAAAAAAGAAAUUGAAGCUUCACUGACCCUUGGCUUGACGAUGCGGGGAAUACAGGUUUUCCAGAAUUUAGAUGAAGAGAAACAAUUACUUUAUGAUUUCCCCUGGACUAAUGUUGGAAAGCUGGUGUUUGUGGGUAAGAAAUUUGAGAUUUUGCCAGAUGGCUUGCCCUCAGCCCGGAAGCUCAUCUACUACACGGGGUGCCCCAUGCGCUCCAGACACCUCCUGCAACUGCUGAGCAACAGCCACCGCCUCUACAUGAAUCUGCAGCCUGUCCUGCGUCACAUUCGGAAGUUGGAGGAAAACGAAGAGAAGAAGCAGUACCGGGAAUCCUACAUCAGUGACAACCUGGACCUUGACAUGGACCAGCUUGAAAAGCGGUCGCGGGCCAGUGGGAGCAGCGCAGGCAGCAUGAAACACAAGCGCCUGUCUCGUCAUUCCACCGCCAGCCACAGCAGUUCCCACACUUCUGGCAUUGAGGCAGACACCAAGCCCCGAGACACGGGGCCAGAGGACAGCUGCUCAGGAAGUGCCAUUCACCGGAAGCUGAAAACCUGCAGCUCCAUGACCAGCCAUGGCAGCUCUCACACCUCAGGAGUGGAGAGUGGUGGGAAGGAUCGGAUGGAGGAGGACUCACAGGACGAUGAAAUCGAGAUGUUAGUUGAUGACCCCAGAGACCUGGAGCAGAUGACUGAAGAGUCCCUGGAAGUCAGCCCAGACAUGUGCAUCUAUAUCACCGAGGACAUGCUCAUGGCUCGGAAGCUGAACGGACACUCUGGAUUGGUUGUAAAAGAAAUUGGGUCUUCUACGUCCAGCUCCUCAGAAACAGUGGUCAAGCUUCGUGGACAGAGUACAGAUUCUCUUCCACAGACAAUAUGUCGAAAACCAAAGACUUCCACCGAUCGACACAGCUUGAGCCUCGAUGACAUCAGACUUUAUCAAAAAGACUUCUUGCGCAUCGCGGGCCUGUGUCAGGACACUGCUCAGAGCUACACUUUUGGAUGCAGCCAUGAACUGGAUGAGGAAGGCCUCUACUGCAACAGCUGCUUGGCUCAACAGUGCAUCAACAUCCAAGACACUUUUCCAGUCAAAAGAACCAGCAAAUACUUCUCUCUGGAUCUCACUCAUGAUGAAGUUCCAGAGUUCGUUGUAUAAAGUCCGUCCUCCUUCAGCCCUUACAGUAGGCCGCCUGCUGUUUGCUAGAGGCUAUGUAAGCCAUGGAUUCUUUUAACUGCUACUCAUGCCAUAUUUUCUUCACCCCAAACAUAGCUCACUCUUUAUAUUUGUGAUGAAAAUAAAAGCUUUGGGACAAUUGCACUUUAAGUAUUACACAAAGGUAAAACAACUACAGAGAGUGUGCAAAACA